ACACACACACUUGAACCUCUUCCGCUCCCCUUUUAUCUUUUCUGUGCCUUAACCGCUUUCAAGAUAAUCACAACCCAGAAUUAGUAGUAGCAGCAGCAGAAGAAUAAGACAGAACAAGGAACCAACAAACAUUCUACAGAGAGACAAGAAAGAAGAGGAAAGAAUCUGAUUCAGAUUAAGAUUUUCUGAGUAAAGAGGGAAAGAAAGUAAAGGAGGAGAGAAAGAAUCCAGAUAAAUUGCUUUCUCUUUACUUUCUCUCUUUCUCAGAAACCAUACAUUAUCUUUUCCAUUUCUUUCCUCAAACAAAAAAUGCUUUGGAUAAUGAAGUUAUCAGGGUUCAUUUCAGCAGCAAUGGUGAUGAUUAUUUUCUCACCAUCUCUACAAUCGUUUCCACCAGCAGUAGCCAUUAGAUCAUCAUCAUCAUCAUCAAAUUUCGACAGUGAUAUUCGAUUUUCAUUCAGAAAAUCUUCAAAAUUUCAGAACGGUAGAGAAUGUGUGAAUUGGAACAAGAACAAGACGGUCUGUGAUCCAUCAUUAGUUCAUAUAGCCAUUACAUUAGACAUAGAAUACUUACGGGGUUCAAUUGCAGCAGUUCAUUCGAUUCUACAACAUUCAUUUUGUCCUGAAAACAUCUUUUUUCAUCUCUUGGUUGAUAAAAAUGCUCAGAAUCUUAAAACCUUAGUUUCAUCAACAUUCCCUGAAUUGAAUUUCAAAAUCUAUAAUUUCAAUCCAGAAAUCGUUAAAAACCUAAUCUCAUCAUCAGUGAGACAAGCAUUAGAACAACCAUUGAAUUACGCCAGAAAUUACUUAUCAGAUAUACUUGAAUCUUGUGUUGAAAGAGUUAUUUAUCUCGAUUCAGAUCUAAUUGUUGUAGAUGAUGUUUACAAAUUAUGGGUAACGGAAUUAGAUUCAAAAACAGUCGGUGCGCCGGAAUACUGCCACGCCAAUCUGACCAAAUACUUCACAUCAAAUUUCUGGUCAAACGAGAGGUAUUACAGCACAUUCAAUGGCCGGAAACCGUGUUACUUCAACACCGGAGUAAUGGUGAUAGAUCUGAAGAAAUGGAGGAGAUUAGGGUUUACGAAACGGAUCGAGAAAUGGAUGGAGAUACAGAAAAUCGGUCGGAUUUAUGAACUGGGUUCGUUACCACCGUUUCUUCUUGUGUUCGGUGGAUACGUGGCGCCGAUCGAACACAGGUGGAAUCAACAUGGACUUGGUGGUGAUAAUGUUAGAGGUAGUUGUCGUGAUCUUCAUAGUGGUCCGGUUAGUUUACUGCAUUGGAGUGGUAGUGGUAAACCAUGGUUAAGAUUAGAUUCUCAUCAGCCUUGUCCACUUGAUGCUCUGUGGGCUCCUUAUGAUUUGUACGGUGCUGGCUCUGUUUGAUGAUUGAUUGGUUGUCCUUGAUCAUCCAUCAAUCAUUCAGAAGAAUCAGAACUCCGGAAACCAAGAAUUUUGUUAAAGAAAUAUAUAAAAAAAAUUGAAUUAGUUCGAUUAAUUUCUUGU